AUGCUGGCUGCGGAUGGUGGUCCGGCGAGCGCGCGCGACGCGGCUGGGCGGGCAAGGUCGAGGGAGCGCCGAGCAACGGAUGCACGCGUGCGCGCGCCGGCGAGGAAGGCCGCCGGGUGGCCUGCUGGGAGAAGAGGCGGUCAGUUCAGUUCGCGUUCGGGCCCGACCGACCAGACGGAGUGCACGUCCGUCCAGGAGCCCAGCAAGCGCGUCCGCGCCGACGAGUGCAAGCCCAGCAGGGUCUCCAAGAGCUACGUCCACGCCGACCCCGCCGACCUCAGCCUCGUGGUUAAGGACGGGUACCAAUGGCGAAAAUACGGGCAGAAGGUGACCAAGGACAACCCGUGCCCGAGGGCCUACUUCCGGUGCUCCUUCGCGCCGGGGUGCCCGGUGAAGAAGAAGGUGCAGCGCAGCGCCGAUGACGUGACCGUGCUGGUGGCCACGUACGAGGGCGACCACAAUCACGGCCAGCCCGCCGCCAAGCACGAGGGCGCCAAGAAGAGCGACGCCUCCGCCGGCGCUGCUGUCCGCAUAUCGCCACCGGCGCCCGUCGUGCAGCAGUUGCAACACCACCAGCAGCAGCAGCAGCAGCAACAGCUGAAACAAGAGGCGGCAGCGGAGGCCGAGAGGAAGAACCUGGCGGAGCAGAUGGCGGCGACGCUGACCAGGGACCCCGGGUUCAAGGCUGCCCUCGUCUCUGCGCUCUCCGGCCGAAUCCUGGAGCUCACGCCGUCCGGCCAAUAGUUGAUCGAUAAAAGCGACGACGUCGCCUUCUUCCAUUAGCAUUGACAGCUGAAAUUAUAGCUGCUUAGACCACGUACACGAUCACUGUGUUUAGCUUAAUUUGAGCUGCUUCGAUUAGCCGCCGCGCGCGACGACGAGAUUAAUUGUAUAUACUUGCUUGUGCCAGCGCUACAUGCAUUGCUGCCCCGCCGGCCGGCGUUGGAUUUGUGCAACAUUUUGUAUAAGUUGGUGUACGGAAGCAGCUCCAUUAGAAUUAAGAUUUAAAUUCUUGAUGCAA